AUGCGUGAAUACGCAAAAAUACUUAGUGAACUUUCCAGUAGUAGUGUGACUAGUGUUGAUGGUAAAAAAAAACUCAUAAAUUUAUCUCGAGAAUUGAUGAAGCUCGACAAAAAGGUCAAUGAUACGGUAUCGAUGGGUGAAAAGUUGAUCUUCACUGUCAAGCGGAUACAAUUAAAUGCUACGUCGAUGCAAAAAGCUGUGAAUAAUCUUAUCGUAGACGUGGAAGGUGCCCAGCAUUGGUUCAACUAUGACGCGACCAUAGCUAUGAAAAAAAUGGUCGCGAGCAUGGGAGCGUCUCUGAAGAAUCGGAUUGGCGAAUUUUUCCCUCAAGUCCUGCACAGCAUCACCAACGAGUUUGGCAGAUGUGCUCCGCUAUCGAAGUUGUACAACGCGACAAUAGCGAGGACAAUAGUUAUUGGCUGCGAAAAUAUCCUCGACCCAUUUAAUGGGUACUGGCUGAGCAUCGGAUGGUGCCUGUUCCUCUUCUUUCCCAUGGUAAUUUUGAGUGUAAAAUUCAUUGGCCUGCAAAAAACCCCCAAAGCGGAUUUGGCCAGUUUUACGGAAGAAAUCAGCGAUUCCCAUCAGAUGGCUACUGUCACGCACGUGAGGAACAGGAGUAGGUGGGCACAGCUCAAGAAAGAGCCAAGAAUAAGUACCGAAACCAAUGAAAUCUGA